UAGUAAUAUUACCAUUUGAUCAUAUAGAUCUCAUUCCACAAUGGCAGAGAAGGAACUCUCAGAGCACCGUAAUAGAAAGCAACCCAGACAAUUAGUUUCUGUUCCAUUUAUUUGGGAGCAAAGACCGGGAUUUCCUAAAAAAGACUGGAAGCCCACUGCUCAUCCACCGGUUAAUCCAGUUGCACCACCUCCGGUCAAGCUUGUGGCCUCGAUUCCCUUUAAAUGGGAGGAAAAGCCCGGAAAACCACUUCCUUGCUUCUCACAGCCAACACCAGAAUCAGGCACUCAGCUCACACCAGCAAAUUCCAUUGGCCUCCCAUGGCCCCUGGUAUGCUUUCAAGGCAAUGAUGGUAAUGGGGAUCCUAGUUGUCAUAAUGAUGAUGAUGAACAAAAAGGGAUGUUUGAAUCGAACCUUGAACCAUGCAGUUUUGAAACGGACGAGUCCUCUAGCUCAGCUCCCUCUCUCCUAGCCAAUCGCCUCGUGUCAGCUAUGGCCAUUUCCAGUGCUGUUCCUUGGCAGCAUACUUUUCUGACGGAAAAUCAAAGUGGCCAGCCGCAGACCCCUCCUUCACCAGCUUCUGAAGCAGAUAGUAGCACAAGCACCUAUGCAACCGGAACUACAAGCUUAGUCGGAGCAUCUUUCUUGGAGUGCCUCUUUCCAUUGUCAUCACCCAAUUCGAGUUUCCUUGACAAGGUUGGAUACUCAGAAAAGAUUUCUUCUCAUAUCCCACCAAAAGUACCAAAUGAAGAUUUCGAUCGCGAAAGUAAUUGCAGCAUUGUCAUAAGAAGGCCUCCAACACUUGGAGAACUGAUCGUGAUGAGCCGAAGGAGAAGUUGCCGAAGGAAAGCCAUUCAAAUGCGGAAACAAAAUUACUCAAUGGAAUUCAUGAAGAAGAGUGCUUUUGGAUGCUGCGUCUUCAGAACAAGCAACAACAUUUUAGGACUGCACAAGAAGUGGAAGAGGCAGUUGCGGCUUAACCUGGUGUAG